CUCGUAUUCGUGCUUACCUAGAUGACGUGGGUCUGAAGGGGGUAUGUUGCAUCUCCCAUCGCCUGAAUAGAUAUCGCAUUCAAACACUCUCGUCAACUUAUCCAUAUUCAAGCGAUUACAUGCACAGCUAACGUGCUCGUCCCCCAGUAUUCAACAGCAUUGGCAGCACAUCAUUCUUCCACUUGCAGUGUGCGGAAUCAAGGGACCAUGGCGACACGAAUUGUAUGUCUAUGCAAUCGCGCAUCUCAAACCGUGAUCCUGGACUGGUCACCAGAUUCAGUGAUGCGUAGCCCAUCCGUGCUGCCCUUCUGCCACUGCGAUACCUGUCGUCGGACAGCAGGACUACUCUGCACAUCCUAUGUCCCUCUGAAACAAGGCAAGCAAUCAGGAUCCGAUCUUAAUGGUCUUGUCGAAUACCACUUCGAGCCUCUGGUUCUGCGGAACAUGCGGCGCCCAUGUCUUUCUCCAGAUCAAGGGAACCGAAGACUGCAAGCUGCAAGCUGCCAGUGCGAGGGCGUCAAGUUUUUCAUGACCGCCCCCAAUCACACAUCCCGUUCCCCCACGUCCCCAUGGUCUGAUGUCUUGGUUCCCUACCACUCCUCCACACCCCCCUCUGCGGCGGCUGCCAAUCCCAAUGACGUGAAAUGGUGGCUGUGCGAUAAUGGCACAAAAUAUCUCACAGGCCUUUGCGCCUGCAACUCCUGCCGGCUAGCAUCUGGCUUCCCGAUCCAAAGUUGGGCGUUUAUUUCACGGUUAAACAUCUUCAAAACAUCAGACGGCUCGAACCUAGCCUACGAUGACUUGGGAACUCUGAAGUAUAAAAGCUCUCCCGGAGUCUAUAGAGAAUUCUGUGGCGUUUGUGGCGCUACUGUUUUCUGGCACUCUGAUGAGAGACCGGAGGUGGUGGACGUGAGUGUCGGGCUGUUGAGAGCGGAGACUAGGGUAAGGAUUGAUGAUUGGCUACAUUGGGAGCUUGGGCGGAUUAGCUUCGAGGAACACGCACUGGAUAAGGGCAUGGUAAGAUUCUUAAAGGAGGGCUUCAGUGGGGUUGGUGGGACCCCGGUAGGGUAGAUGUUGCCCUCUGGAUAUGGAUGGUGCGAAGUGUUGAAUACGGCGGUAGCCUCGGGGAUACUUUCGGAUAUGUGAUGCAUGAAACAGGUGAAGAUUUUCCUUAAAUACUUUGGAUGGCACGGUAUGAUGUGUCAUUGCCAUGUUUGAUAGAUAGGUAAUCCUAUCCAUCCUAGGGGAAAUAAUUCUAGUAUACCGUGAUUUUAGAAGUUUAAAUCGGGCUGACUGUAUAAUAAACUAUUUCUAUUGUAUCAGCCAGUCCCCAACAGCAACGAAUCGCCCUUGAAUGCCUAAUGAACUUUGUAUUUACUCGUCAGCCCUGGGCUAAAUACCCAACAUCCACAUGAAGGUCUAAACUAAAAAAUAAAACCAUAAUGUGU